CACAAUUCUGCCAGCACUUUUUCUGCGGGGCAAAUUUUGUCAAAAGAAACAUAAGAGACCCCACCAUGACGACAUAAGACCUCUCCAAAGUUCAACAAUCAAAUCCCAUUCCAAUCCUCAAUUUCCGAUCAACAGAAAUCCCCAACUGGGUUUGAUAAUUCCUUUGUCAAACCCUUUUGGGUUUAGCCAAAAAGCGACGUUACAACACAUAAAUUUACUUCCACACGUUUGUUUUUCUUUGACUUUGAAUUGUUCCGUAUGAUUAAAGUUUUGAGCUUUCACAUUCUCAAUUUUCCUCCUCCUCCAUACAGUCCAUUCUUAUAAAGGUUUCCCAUUUUUAUUUUUCUCACAAUUAAUUAAAGGGAUUUCAAAGGGUAUAAAUAGGAGUAUUAUUAUUCGUCUAAAGUUUCAGUUUUUGAGCUAUAUGAAAGUUGAAACUGAUUCCCAUUGAGAAUAUGCAAUUCUUGGAUUAAAAAUCUGAUCUGGGCUCUUGUUGCAUCCACCAUUCGUUCCUCUGCAGAUUAUUGGUAUGCUUAAGCAGAUAGAAGUGUCAUUUGCCAUGAUGUCAUAAAUUUUUUAGGAGAAGACCACUGGGGGAACUUCCUCUAAGCACAUAAUGGGUUGGUUCAGUAAAAUUUUUAAAGGAUCAAAUCAUAAUGUUUCAGAUGGUGGAUACAGAAGCAGAUACAGAGCAGAUUUUCCAGGAAAUUUUCCUUCCACUUCAUUGCAGGAUACAUUGUCCGAGGCAGAAGAUAUAGACAGAGCUAUUGCAUUAUCCCUUGCAGAAGAGGAUGAGAAAGGGAAACAUGUGGUUGAUAGUGAGGCUCAACUGAAAGAAGAUGAAGAACUUGCCAGAGCUCUUCAGGAGAGCUUGACUUGUGAAUCUCCACCUCAAUAUGGAAAUAGAGGUAGCGUUCCAUUUGAAAAUGGACAUGGGACAGGAAAUUUUUAUCAACCUAUUCCUUACCACUACUCAACAGGGUUCAGGAUAUGCGCUGGCUGUAAUACUGAGAUUGGGCAUGGACGACUUUUGAAUUGCAUGGGUGCAGUGUGGCAUCCAGAAUGUUUCCGUUGCCAUGCCUGUAACCAUCCAAUAGCUGAUUAUGAGUUUUCAACGUAUGACAGAUACCCUUAUCACAAAGCUUGCUACAAGGAGCAUUAUCACCCAAAAUGUGAUGUUUGCAAACACUUUAUUCCAACAAAUGCAGCUGGCCUUAUUGAAUAUCGGGCACACCCUUUCUGGUCCCAGAAAUACUGCCCUUUUCAUGAGCAUGAUGGCACUCCUCGCUGUUGCAGCUGUGAGCGAAUGGAGCCCCGGGAUACAAGAUACGUUGCCCUUGAUGAUGGUCGUAAGCUUUGCCUGGAGUGCCUGGACUCUGCAAUAAUGGACACCAAUAAGUGUCAACAGCUUUAUCUUGAUAUACAAGAGUUUUACGAGGGAUUAAAUAUGAAAGUGGAGCAGCAAGUACCAUUACUUUUAGUUGAGAGACAAGCACUGAAUGAAGCCAGGGAUGGAGAGAAAUAUGGGCAUCAUCACAUGCCUGAGACAAGAGGGCUCUGUCUUUCUGAGGAGCAAACAGUCAGCACAAUUUCGAGGCGACCGAGGAUAGGAGAUGGAAAUCGAGUAAUGGACAUGAGAACAGAGCCAUUUAAGCUGAUUCGUCGUUGUGAAGUAACGGCAAUUCUCAUCUUAUAUGGUCUUCCGAGGUUGCUGACCGGAUCAAUCCUAGCUCAUGAGAUGAUGCAUGCAUGGUUGCGACUAAGAGGUUACCGAACUCUCAGUCAGGACAUUGAAGAAGGUAUCUGUCAGGUUCUAGCUCGCAUGUGGUUAGAAUCUCAGCUUAUUCACAUAGCCAGGAUCAAUAAUGUUGCCUCAACCUCAUCGUCUUCUGCUUCUGCAUCUUCAAAGCAAGGGACGAGGUCCCCAUUUGAGAGGAAACUUGGUGAAUUUUUCAAACAUCAGAUUGAAUCAGAUACAUCACCAAUCUAUGGAAAUGGUUUCAGGGCUGCUAAUCUAGCGGUUCUUAAAUAUGGCCUGGGUAAUACCUUGGACCACGUCCGAAUGACGGGCAGCUUGCCGUAUUGAACAUUAGCUAUACUUGAGAAGAUUUGUUCAGAUUUUUGUCAGAGCAAAACUUUGGCCACUUACAGGAAUUUUUUUUCUGAAUACAGUAGUAGUUCAGAGAAAGGAUAAAAUUCUUAUACCUUGUAGAUAUCGUCUAUAUUGAUGUACAUUGAUGACAGAGACAUUAAUAGAAAUCAUUUUUGAUCUUC